AUGAAAGACGCCGCAUCACUCCCUCCACCUCCCGGACUUUCAGGAGGCAUUUGGGGAACCACGACUUAUGUUGGACCACUCACCUUUGCUUGCGCCGUAGCAUCCAUUCAAACUAUCAUUGGAUGGAUUAUCAUCUUGUUGUUUUGCCCCGUCGACAAGAUGGAUGUCUACAAGGUAGAAGACAAGCUUUACACUGCCGAUGGCAAACUCUACAAGGCGGCUUCGACUCACAACUUUGCUGUCAGCAAGUCGGAGCAUGUGGUUGGUGGAGUUCCACCCGGUUGCUCUCCCAAGAACACUGGAAGCUGGGGAACCACCCAACACGUCGGGCCUCUCACUUGGGCGGUGGCCAUUUGCGCCUUGCCUACGGUCAUUGGAUCUAUUCUUAUUCUACUUUUCAUGCCCUUGGAUAAUGACGAUGUCUACAAGGAGGGAGAUGCCUUGUAUCUCGCGGAUGGAACCAAGUUCAAGGCAGCUUCCGACAAGAACUUUGAUAUCCGUCGAUCGGCUCAUACUACAUCUGGCACACCCGAGGGUUUGAGUGGAGGAAGCUGGGGAACUACCACCUACGUUGGUCCCUUCACCUUGGCUUUAGCACUGGCAGCCCUGCCAACAGUAAUUGGCGCCAUUGUCAUUCUCUUAUUUUGUCCCUUGGACCAAGAAGAAGUUUACAAUGUGGACGAGAAGCUCUACCUUCCAUCUGGAAAGCUCUUCAAGGCAGCCUCCAAAAAUAAUUUCUUCAUUCGCAAGUCCGAGCAUACUGUCACCGGAGCACCCAAAGGCUUGAAGGGAGGUGAAUGGGGAACCACUACCCAUGUCGGGCCAUUGACGUUUGCUUUUGCAUUCGUGGCCCUUUGGAGUGGAGUUGGCUGGAUCAUUAUCUUGCUCCUCUUGCCAUUGGAUUCUGAAGAAGUCUACAAGGUGGACAACAAGUUGUACUUGCCAGAUGGCGAGCUUUACAAAGCUGUAUCGAAACACAACUUUCGCAAGAAGAACUCCAAGCAUGUUCGAGCAGAGAGGACUGAUGUUGAAAAAGCAGAUGGGGAAGAAGAAGAAGAAGUCCCAACUACGCUGGAGGAUGGUUCCAAAGCACUUGAAUGUUAG